GGAGCGCAAGACUGUCAGAGAAAAGAGGAAAUCUAACAAGUGAGAGAACUGUUGCAUUUCGGCAAAGACGUUUACCAGUAGAUUUCAAGAUUAAAAUCUACAAAAUGUAUCGUUAGAAUAUUUUAGACCAUAAAAAGGACGUGAAAAGUUAAUUAGUUAAGUCACUGUCUAUUAGUUAAGUCACUGUCUAUUUGCCUCGGGUGUUGAUGGCCGGGUGAUCUGUUACGCACUGACUGAAAACAAAUAACGAUUGGCGCACGACGGCUCAUUGUAGCAGGCUAGCCUUUAAUCAGAGUGAAUAGUUUUGGUUUACGACAACAAUUUUGGUCAAAUUAGAAAAAAACGGAAAGUGGACUUGCUGUUAGUUUUCGAGUUCGUCGGACUACUCUAUAGCUUGGCAUCUCACCAAGGCGAAGGUGAGGAUGAGCUGUCCUCACAGAUUUCUCGACCACGUUGAAAGUCUGACUGCACUUGGCUGAGAAAAUCACCAUACCACGUCGUAUCGCAGAUUAUCGACACUUCUAUUGAGCAGCGAGGAGGAAAAGAAUGCUCCUGGCACAAGAUGUCUGAUUCGGAAGCAAACAGUGGAACCUGAGAUAUUCUCUGCUACGACUCAGCGCGCCACAAAAAAACAGAGGAACAAGUUUUCAUGAGGAACAGAACAUUUUCUCAACACUGUGUUUUGACAAAUACUGACUUAAAAAAAAAUAUAUAUAUAUCUGAGAGGGGAAUGUGUUAGUCUACCCAUGAGGAAAACACACCCAGGAUUAAGCAAAUUUAAAAUACAUAGAGAAAGAGAAGCACAAGGAAAGAGGAAGGAAAAAAGACCAGCGAUUUAAACAUUUUUUUUUCAUUCCCUUCCACUGAUCCUUGGACCAGACAAGUGAGUGUCCUUCACUGAAUGCCUUGGGUGAGAUGGACUCCAGUGGGAAUACUGGAGCAGCAGACCCCACCUGACAGCUCUCCAACUGAGAAAUAUAAGGACAUUUCAACAGGGGAUUCUGCUGACAUUUUGUCUGAAAAAUAUUUAUAUUUUUAAAGAACCCUCUAGAACCAUCUACAAUCUACUAUAUUCUAUCCCAGGAAAAACCCUUGUAUUUAUCCUUCCAAAGAACUGGAUGUGUGACUUAGUCCGUUUCAACCCAUGUAUGCAACACGGAGAAGGUUUUCCACACUCAACUGGCUGGUUUCACCUCUAGUCCUCCAAAGAUAAUAACAUACAACUUUUGAUAUCAGUGAGAUCUUUACUGAAAAUAGGGAUGAAAAACGUGAAUAAAUAUUGCUUUGCGGACAAAAAGUUCAAUCUUCAAAAAUAGAUGUGAAGAAAAAGGUGUUGAGAAAUCCAAAGAUUAAACCUAGUCAUUUUUGUUAUUUUUAUUUAAUGGAAUAGAAAAACAUGUUUCUCCUCCUGAUAUUUGACUUCAACAUCUCCUGAGCUUUGUUGUUCCUUCAAUGUCCUAUAGCAUCUCAUUCAUUUCUUUACAUUGAAAUCUCCUGUAUUUCCAGUCUCUCCUCAUAACCCUCUUACCCUUUCACUCUCCCUCAUUUACCCCUUCUUUCCCUUUAUUUGACCUAACUACCUCACCACCUACUCGCGGUGUAGAACCUCUCUGCCUCCUCCCCUUUCCCCCUCAGCGCCUCUCUCUCACCAUCUUUCCCCUUAGUCCCGGUUAUCCCAGAGUUCAUUCUGGCCGGCACCACCGUUCCGGCCAAGGGGGAGGAGGACUUCCUUACGCUGGCCGCCACCCGGCUCAGCCGCAGGAAACGUGUCAUCGGGGCAGGAGUGGGCGUGGCCAUGGUGCUGGUGCUGCUGGUUGCCAUCCCCUUAUUGGUUCACACCACCAAAGGGGGCGCGUCUGGGGGCGGGAGCACCCAUUAUGAGAUGCUCGGCAGCUGCAAGAUGGUGUGCGACUCUUUCACCCCCCCACAGGGAAGCCACGAGCUGACUGCUGUCUCCCCCCAACCCCCAGACUUCACAGGGAGAAGGGGCAAAUCUGGGUUUCGUGGGAGCCCUGGACCCCCUGGCCCCCCAGGUCCCAGAGGCCCCCCUGGAGAACCAGGCAAGCCAGGUCCCCCUGGGCCCGCCGGCCCUGGCCCAGGGGGCUACGUCCCCUCCUUCUACAGCCCCAAGAUUGCCUUCUAUGCAGGCCUCCGUAAACAGCAUGAAGGGAGUGAAGUGUUGAGGUUUGACGAUGUGGUGACCAAUGUAGGGAACUACUAUGAACCCAGUACUGGCAAGUUCACCUGCCCCCUGCCUGGCAUCUACUUCUUCACCUACCAUGUCCUGAUGAGGGGCGGAGACGGCACCAGCAUGUGGGCCGACCUGAAGAAGAAUGGACAGGUGAGGGCCAGUGCCAUAGCCCAGGAUGCUGAUCUGAACUAUGACUAUGCCUCCAACAGUGUCAUCCUGCACCUGGACGUGGGGGACGAAGUGUGUGUGCAGCUCGAUGGGGGCAAAGUCCACGGAGGAAACACCAACAAAUACAGCACCUUCUCUGGCUUCCUCAUCUACCCUGACUGAUGGCAUUCAUGCGUUACACAUACACACACACAAACAUACAACCACACAAACAAACAAUCUCCCAGGCAAACAUAUACAGCACCUUCUUCAGGAUUCUCAUCCAACCUGAUACUCUAAACCUCUCUCUCUCUCUCUCUCUCUCUCUCUCUCUCUCUCUCUCUCUCUCUCUCUCUCUCUCUCUCUCUCUC